AUGCCAGAGAAAUUCAUUCACAAUGCUCCUGCUUGGCUCACCGAGGAAUACGUGGAGAAGAAGCUGCGAGUUUACUUCAAGGAUGAGUCUCUGAACGUUGAACAGCUCGAGAUCAAGCCGGCAAUCAGUAAUGGGGAGAACUAUGCCAGUGUGAUGACUCGUAUCAAUGUGGAGUAUACUACGGAGGACUUGAAGACCAGGCAGCCUGCAACAUUUCUGGUGAAAGCCACAUUCGCUGAUAGAGAUCCGGCCUUUGAUUUGCUCUCAGAGUACGGGAUCUACACUCGAGAAAUGGAUAUGUACGAGCAGAUCCUGCCCCACCUGGCGGUUUUGGUUAAGGAGGAUAUCGGCGACUCCCGAAAGUUGUUUGCGGCUACUGUGAAUGUUGAUCGUGUGAGGGACUCCAUCAUCUUUGAGGAUCUUUCUCUGGAGAAGUAUAAGGUGGCCAGCAGACUAAAGAAACUGGACCUAGAGCACACCUAUCUUGUUCUGGAGAAGCUGGCCAGUUUCCAUGCCGCAGGAGCAGCUUUGGCAGAACGUCAGCCGGGGAUCUUUGAGAAGAACUACGACCGAGGAUUCUUUAACAAACACACUCGAGGCUAUGAACACAUCAUGACCGUUCUCUUACAGGCUCUGUCCCGCUCCUUAGAGUUGAAUCAGGAUCUUAAGCAACGUUAUCAAGCGAAGAUCGAUCGAAUGGUGCAUCAUGUAAUGGAUUAUGGGGAACGAUCGGCAUCCAUUAAUCCGGGAGAUUUUGUGACUCUGGCUCAUGGCGAUCUGUGGACCACCAAUAUCAUGUUCCAGUACGACGGAAAGGGUCAUCCCACCAACGCGAUCUUCAUUGACUUCCAGUUCAGCGUGUGGAACUCUCCCGCCAUUGAUCUGCACUACUUCUUCUCCACUUCGAUCCAAGAAGAUCUCCGUCUGCAGCAUCAGCCGGAAAUGGUUCAAUUCUAUUAUUACAAGCUUGUGGAGGCCCUGAAAAAGCUCAGGUAUUCAGGACACAUCCCCAGUUUGUUCCAGUUCCAACAGCAGUUUCGGGUUAAAGCAUUCUACGCUGCAUUUUCCACCCUUAUUUUUGGACCUAUCAUGGUUUACAAUGGCAACGAGGAGGCAUCCAUAGAGAAGAUAAUAUCUACGAGCGAAAAAGGAAUUCGAUUCAAGGACUCACUUUAUCAAUCAGAGUAUAUGCAAAAGUUACUACAUUCUUCGUUGCCGUUUCUUGAUCAGUUUGGACUGUUAGAUGAAAUGUGA